CGCGUUUCCGAACUUUCGAUCAUUUCCGGUCCUCAAAUUCAAACCCUGCACGCUCUUUGCACGCCUUCAACUCCCUGAUCUUCACAUGAGAUGACUGAGAAACGCCAAAGCAGAGUUACACGAAGCACGCGUGCAAAGCAGGCAUCCGCUCAGAAGACUCUGCACGACUUGUUCCAGAAGGAUGAGCAAACGAAACAUUCGGAAGAAGAUUCGAAGGAACUGGAUGGAGCCAAUGCGUCAUCUUCUAUACAUCCAGUAGACAUCAUAGUCAUUGAUGACGAACCAACCCCACCACGUCCUAAGGCACUCCGCAGAGCUAUACGGGAUUCUGUCCGUCAAAAUCACAUCCAAGCGGUAAAAUUGUUUCCUAUUUUCGGGACCCCAUCCAUAACCCCCAUGCAGUCUGCUCACUCAAAUUAUACAACUGCGAGUAGAGACACCGGUGGAGAUGUUUUUAUCGAACUAUCUGAGGAUGAACAUCCACCGUCAUCUCAUCAAUCUUCUUCGUCACCUCCAGAAAUGAAUUCCCUUCACCAAUCACCAUCAAUCACCGUUUUAUCAUGUAUCGAGGACAUAGACAUGCCAAAUAACAGGUACAACAUAUCCCUGGUACAAGCUACUGCACCAACAAGCCGUAUAUACUGUGAUAUGACACCGGAUGCGCCAUAUCCAAAUAAGGAGACGCAACAUGUUCGUGGACCGCAAAAUACCUUUAGUCCGAGUUCGGAACCGCCGAAACGUCACAAACGCAGUCCGCCAGAUACCACAGACGACGUGUCUUUAGGUUUCCUUUCUUCUUUAUCGCAGGGAUACCAAGAUCCUCUUCAACAGUCGAUUUUUCUCCGAACCUCCUCGCAGUCUGAACGUGAAGACUAUAUUGGUACUGACGGGCCCCAUUUUUGGAUGGCGAGGAUUAGUGCCAAUCGGACAGCUUCUGGGCCGCCUCAGCAAGAAUUAUGGACCACUCGCUUCCGCCCCAGGAAAGCGGAUGAAGUGCUAGGGAAUGAAUCGCGUGCGUUGUAUAUUCGAGAUUGGCUCAAAGCUCUCGAAAUUCGGCUGCAUGCUACAAACUCCCCUCCUGCGAAAAGUAGUGCAACUGUCACAGGCAGGCGGAAGGUCAAGCCUGACCCCCCUGACAGGGCGCCCAAGCGACCUCGUGUCAUUCGAGCUGUGGCUAAAAAGAGAGGCAGGAAACGACGGAGGCUGGAUUCCGAGGACGACGAGGACGAAGACGAUACGAUUUUGGAUGCGCCAGAGGAAGAAACUGAUGCCAAUGAUUUUAAUUUUUGCCAGCGAACGCUUUCCCGCCUCCAGCGAAAGGACAAUUCUCGGCUAUUAGAGCAAUGUCCACCGACUUCAGAUAUUGGUAUCGACAAUAUCCCGACCAUUCCAAAUUACCAAUCCUCCGACGCUAAUUUUACCGAUACUCUAACAAACACACUUAUUAUAACUGGGCCUCCAGGGUGUGGGAAGAGCGCAGCAGUUUAUGCGUGUGCAGACGAGCUGGGGUGGGAAGUUUUCGAGGUCUAUCCUGGAAUUGGAAGACGCAGCGGCGCAAACCUCGAUAACCUCGUUGGAGACGUGGGUAAAAAUCACCUCAUCCAACAGACGAGGCCAAAAUACCGGACGGCAGCUGCACAGUGUGAUACAAGAGCGAGCGCUGCUCUUUCGACGUUUUUCCCUAAAACAGGAAAAGCCAACCCCAAACCCUCGCCAACAGACUCAGAUGCCGAGCAUCCUAGUGAUGUUGACACACAUGUCCUCGUGGAUGCUGCCAGUGAGUCCCUGCAGGACACGGUGGAACCACCUGUAACCGUUGAUGAACGAGUUGGCUCAUUAAAAACAAAUGGACCGGCGAAACCGUCUGCCACGGCUCGGCAAUCACUCAUUCUCCUUGAAGAAGUCGAUAUAUUAUUCAAGGAAGACGCUGGCUUUUGGCCGGCAGUGGUAGACUUGAUCAAGGAGUGCCGCCGGCCCGUGAUCAUGACAUGCAAUGACAUUAAACUUGUCCCCGUCGCGGAUCUUCCUUUGCAAUCCGUUCUGACGUUCCAACCUUGCCCUUCCGAGCCCGCUGUCACGUUUUUGCAAUGCCUGUGUGCAACACAGGGAUACGCUAUCCCAAGAGAUAAGUUAAUCCAGCUUUACGAAACCACGUACAUCGUGCAGAGUAUGGAUCUUCCAGACGCGCCGCUCAACCCCAGAACCGAACCACUACCACCACCGGAUCUCAGGCGAUCUAUUACCCAGUUGCAAUUGAUUUGUACUGACGCCACCCACGAAGCUAAGGUCCCUCAAGAAGCACAGGGGGCCGCUGAAAACAUUCCGUCACUCCCUAUGACAAUUUCCGCCCAAAGCAGUGCUGAUGUUUCUGAGACAUCGACGGAAGAGCUGUGGCGAUGGGUUUCCACUUACACGGAUUGUGUUUCCUAUACCGACAGCUAUCUCUGCAGGGCACCAUUAGAUGGACGUGAGGCCCUGUCAUACAACCUAUCUGAAUCUUUACUUGACGAUGAAUUGGGACACGCCAUACUAAUCCGGCCGUCCCACGUCUCUGACACGAGAGAUGGACUUGCCUUCUAUCACAAUGAUGAGCUCAUUGUGCAGGACGCCAUCCACCUUUCACGUGGUAAACACGAGGUUUUGGGUGCUAUUCCGAUCACAACGUCGAUCAACCCCGCGGCUAGUGGUUCUAAUACUGACAUGGAAACAAGGCUCUUCCGAGCUCGCGUGGAGCAUCAAGCACAGAUGCUAACCGCAUUGCAGGAUAUCGUUCAACCACCCGCACCUCUCAUGCCCCAGAGCAGCGUGUACCUUGAUUACAUACCGUGGGUGAGAUUCAUGGUUAAUGUGGAUGAUAUUCUUGAGCGAUUAGCGUGGGAUGAGAUGGAGAAGGUGAAGUCUGGGAGAUUAACAAGGAAUAGUAUGAAGGCGAGACAUAUACGGACUAUUGAUUUAAGAGAGGAUCAACAUCAGGCGCUGGUUUGUACUAGAAUCCAGGGGCUCGAGGAGGAUUGAUGGAAAUGGUGGAUAGUUUACGAGAGUUGCUGUGUUGUAGCCCUGCGAUAGCCUGCGAUGUGUGAUGGUAUACCCAGGCAUUUUACCGGUGUUGUAAACUUU